AUGAUUCUGAGAUCUGGGAUAUUGGAAGAGCCUUUGAUGAUUGAUGGGAUUUUGGGCAAAGGGAAGGAAAUUAGGGAAGUGAAUGAGGAUGUGAUUCUGGAGGAAGACCAGAAUAACUCCCAACUCAUGGAUAUUAUUGUCCAAUUUGCUUCCACUGAUAGCAGAAGUCCUCUGAGAAGGAAAAAGGCUAUCAGUAGGAAAUCCAGGGCUGUUUCUAGACUAGAUAAAGGGGGACCUUCUGGGGAGAAAGGAAAUGAGAAUAUGAGUGGGGUUUCUAGGAAAAAUUGUGCUAAAAGAACUCUGGAUGAAUGGUGUCCAGACAGUCAGGAGAAGGGGGGUGCAGUGGGUAAUGGGCUAGGUAGAGGUGAGGGGAGAGGGACUGUUGAGAAGGUGGAUAUUGAUGUUAGUUGCUGGGUCAGAAAUGGUAGAAUGGGUAUGGGGGUUUGGAAGACGCUGGAACAGGUUGUGACCCAUCAUUCUCGUAGAGAAGGCUUAUGGGUUCGCCAAAUAAUUCCCAAGGUUUCUUUUAGACCACCAAAGUUGACUGUUUCCUCAAUAACAUUCCCUGAAAGGCUAGGCGAACUAUACUGA